AUAACCAAUGUGAACUCAAAACUCAACCAUAAAUUGUUAAUUAAAUUCUUGACUUUUCAUCUCCCAAUUUCAUUGCAUUGCAUCUUCUCCAGCCCAUCCACCUACUCUAUUCUUUCUCUCCCUUUUUCCCAGAUUCUCUCUUUAUUAUAUUCCUUUUUUUAUUUCACCGUCCAAACCUUCUUUCAAUACCUCAAAAACCAACCAUAACAUAACUCUCUCCCUCUCUCUUUCUCCCUCUAACCCCAACCGACACAUCCACAAACCCAAAAUUAUGCAAAAACCAAAACAUCCAUUUCUCAUCCUAUUCUUCUUUUCAGUAUGGACUUGUUUAUCAUUCACUUCUGCUAUUAUAACCCACCAAUUCAAAGAAGCACCAGAAUUCUACAAUUCCCCAGAAUGCCCCUCCAUUACCGACCCUUCAAAUUCAAAACCAACUGUUCAAGUUGCAAUGACACUCGACACAACAUACAUCCGAGGUUCCAUGGCAGCAAUCUUAUCAAUCCUCCAACACUCUUCAUGUCCACAAAACAUCUUCUUCCACUUCGUAUGCUCCUCUAACGCCUCCAACCUAAACGCCACAAUCUCAACCUCUUUCCCAUAUCUCAAAUUCCAUCUCUACACCUUCGAUGCCACCACUGUCUCCGGCCUAAUCUCAACUUCAAUCCGCUCAGCUCUUGACUGCCCUCUCAACUACGCUCGCACCUACCUACCAAAUCUCCUACCCCUCUCCGUUACCCGCGUCGUCUAUCUCGAUUCCGAUCUUAUUCUAGUAGAUGACAUUGCAAAACUCGCGGAAACACCGUUAGGAGAAGACUCUGUUUUAGCAGCACCGGAAUACUGCAACGCGAAUUUCACAUCGUACUUCACUCCAUCGUUCUGGUCUAACCCUUCUUUGUCUCUAACAUUUGCCAACAGAAAGCCUUGUUAUUUCAACACGGGUGUGAUGGUGAUUGAUUUGGAAAGAUGGAGAGAAGGGGAUUAUACUGCAAAGAUUGAGGAUUGGAUGGAGUUGCAGAAGAGAAUGAGAAUCUAUGAAUUAGGUUCUUUGCCUCCUUUUUUGCUUGUUUUUGCUGGGAAUAUUGCUUCGGUGGAUCAUAGAUGGAAUCAACACGGACUCGGUGGUGAUAAUUUUCGUGGUUUAUGUAGAAAUCUUCAUCCUGGUCCAGUGAGUUUGUUGCAUUGGAGUGGAAAAGGUAAACCUUGGGUUAGAUUAGAUGCUAAUAGACCUUGUCCUUUGGAUGCACUAUGGGCACCCUAUGAUCUAUUAAGAACUCCAUUUUCUCUUGAUUCUUGAGCAUUAAUGGAUACAUAUAUAGUAUAUACUGUAUACAUAUACAUAUACAUAUACAUGUAGUUAUAUACCAUUUGAGCGCGAUCUAGUGCUAUCCUAAUGGACAAAAGAAGGUUGAUUUGAUCUUCUUUUUGGGUAAAUACUAUUGUUGCGGAUGAAGCAAACAUUAGGCGGAAAAAGUGGAAUGGAAUGGGAGAAGUUGGUGAGAUUUGUGAUUUUUGCAAUGACAGUAAAUUGAUGAUUCUUGUGUUGUUAAUAUUUUGUUUCAAAUAACUGUGCAUAUCAAAAUAUCUCUGUAAUUUGGAUGCUAGAAUUCAUGAUUCAUGAACUACUUUUUAUUUUUUAUUGAUGAUAAUAAUAAUGAGAACGGGGUAAAGUUUCCUGUAGACCCUAGAUUGUUUAA